AUGGAAUGGCUAGAGAAAUAUCUGAUCAUCCGCGGAGGUCGGUGUAAGCCAACAAACAUCGAGGCACCGAAAUCUGAAUGGCCUGAUUCACCCGUCGAGCCUGUUGGCCCUUGUCGGGAUGCCUUCAAUGUGCAAAGAAAGCUUUUCGUGGACUUGGAAAAGCUGUGUACUUUGGCUGAUAAAUGCCAAGAUACCGCCAUAGUAAACGCGAUUGAGUCGCGCUUCUUGAGGAAACAUGCGAAGCAUUUAAAGAACAUGGGCGAUCUCCUACAACAAGUGACCCGGGUGUCAAAGCAGCCCGGACUUGGCCUAUACCACCUCGACGCAGAAUUACGUCAUAAUAAUGGCUGCAUCCCGUGGAUGUCUAUGAAUGAUCCUGAUACCAUCGAGGAAGGAAUCAGGGCUGUCGGGACGAAGGUCAAGCCGUUGCUUCACCUUGGUUGCUGCGAUUCCUUAUGCAUUACCAUGUCUCAAAAACUAGAGCAGAGAGCGAAUUCAAAAGGCUUGUGA